CAGCUCCUCCCUUCAUUCAGUAGAGCGUGUGUUUCACAAUGUCGAAACCUGAGUUACAACAGCAGUCUCGUGUGAAGACUCGCUGUCGUAGUGGAGAUCUCUGUUAUUAUGGCUGUGAUGGAGACUCUGCUCAUGCCUGUGUCCAUUACAGGAGUUUUACUUUCUGCUGUGCUGUUGUUUCUGGUUGUUUAUCUAAUCUCUAUCAGCUCCAGCUCUCCUGAAGAUCCUCCAGGACCCAAACCACUGCCACUUUUGGGGAACUUGCACACAUUGGACCUAAAAAACCUGCACGUGAGCCUUUGGGAAUUGUCUAAGAAGUAUGGGCCUGUGUUCAAAGUGCAUUUAGGACGCAAGAAGGUUGUGGUUCUGGCCGGGUACAAAACAGUUAAACAAGCACUUGUGAACCAGGCCGAGGAAUUUGGAGAAAGGGACAUUACACCGAUAUUCCAGGACUGUAAUCAGGGACAAGGAAUCGUCUUUGCAAAUGGUGAAAGAUGGAGGACGAUGAGAAGAUUCGCUCUCUCAACUCUUCGAGACUUUGGAAUGGGCAAAAAACUGAGUGAAGAAAAAAUCGUGGAUGAAACACGUUAUCUGCGGGAAGUGUUUAUGAAGUUUGAAGGACAACCAUUUGAUACAACCCAACCGGUAAACUAUGCCGUCUCCAACAUCAUCUCAGCUAUUGUUUAUGGGAAACGGUUUGAAUAUGAGGACCCAGCGUUUCAGGAUAUGGUGAACAAAGCAAACAUGAACAUCCGUAUGAUUGGUUCUGCUGUGAUACAGAUCUACAACAUGUGUCCAUUUUUGGGUCCCUGGAUUAAGACCUGGAGACAGCUAAUGAAAAAUAUGGAAAGCACCAGGAGGCAAAUACAGACCCUGGCAGAUGUCUUACAGGAGACUUUGAACCCGCUUGACUGCAGAGGACUCAUUGACUCUUUCCUCAUCCGAAAACAGAACAUACAAGAAACUGGAGAAAAAGAUUCAUCUUUCAAUGAUCAGAAUCUGCUCAUUACUGUGUCAAAUUUGUUUGCUGCUGGCACUGACACGACUGGCACGACGCUGCGCUGGGGUCUGAUGCUCAUGGCCAAAUACCCUCAAAUACAAGAUCGAGUUCAGGAGGAGAUUGACCAGGUUCUGGGUGGCCGUGAACCAGUUGCAGAAGACAGAAAGAACUUACCGUAUACAGAUGCUGUGAUUCAUGAAACACAGAGACUGGCUAAUAUUCUACCACUGAAUCUCCCUCAUAAGACGAGCUGUGAUGUUACCUUCAAUGGAUAUUUCAUCAAGAAGGGGACGUGUGUUCUGCCGCUGCUGACCUCUGUGUUGAGGGAUGAGACCGAGUGGGAGACGCCUGACACUUUCAACCCUCAGCACUUUCUAGAUGAGAAGGGUCAGCUGAUCAAACGAGACGCCUUCAUGCCUUUUUCUGCAGGGCGCAGGGCUUGUCUUGGAGAGAGUUUGGCCAGAAUGGAGCUCUUCCUCUUCUUCACGUCUCUCCUUCAGUAUUUCCGCUUCAGUCCUCCUCCUGGAGCGUCUGAAGAUGAGCUGGAUCUCACACCGGUGGUGGGCCUGACUUUGAACCCUUCACCCCACAAACUGUGUGCAGUCAUCAGAGCGGAAAGACAACUAAACUGAUCCCUUGUGAAAAGUUCAGUUCUUUAUACAGUAUAUUACACAUAUGUAUUAUCUGAUAGAGAAUUAUAUUUAAUGUGCUUUUCUGUGCAUAGCAUAAAGCGGUAAAUGGUGCAUAUACCCACAGAUUUUAUUUCAGCCUGCCAACCUCGCUAACGGUAAACUCUUUCCAUCAUAAAAUGAAUAAAUAAAUCAGUGAUCAAAUAGAUAUACCAUGGGCGUUGCUAGGGUUGAAAGGGAUGAGGGGCUUAGCUGCAAAGAAGAAAAUAAGAUUUAAAUAAAGAUAAAAAGGCUUUAACUGUGACAAUAAAUGGUUUAUAUGUCU